UUCAAAUUCUUUUAAUUAAAAAAAAAUGCCUAAUGUGUCUUACUUACUUCGGGGUUUUCUUAACAAAGAACUAUUCUUGUCCUUCUAAACCAACCUCGUAUUAAAAAAAAAAAAAAAGAAAAGAAAAGAAAAAAAGAAAAAGAAAAGGAGGAAGUUAAACUUUAUACAGGAUUUGUCUUUGAAGUUAUGAGUCGCUAAAGAAGUAAUUAAUUUAUACUAAAGAUCUUGCUAUUCCUAACUGUACUUUAGAUGAGUAUCUCGUAUUUAUUUACGAAGACUCUAUUGAGUAAUUAAAGCCACGGACGUAGUGAGUUUAGGAGCACAGAAUUUAUAUGACAGAGUGCUUUCGGAAGGUAUUUAUUCGCAGCAGCAUAUAAAAAUUUUUAAUAAUCCUGUCAAAUAUGUUAAUGAAUAAUUUAUUAAUCUCCCAAUUGUUAACUACCUGGCGUGCACACACCCGCUCUUUCCGCCUGUGUCCUGCACAUCACGCAGAAAUCUAUUGCCAUGUUCCUGAAGUGACAAAGACAAGGUAAAACUGGUAUAUUUAAGAUGCCCUCAGCCUCACAAAAGGGCAGCGCUGCGGGUCAGGCUGGCGAGUUAACACACGCACUCAGUCUCCCGUUGUCCCGAAGCCCAGCUUCUGGCCACACUCGUGGCGGCGGGAUUCCCGCGCCUCCCUGCACCAGGCCCAGUGGGGACAGAGCUGGUGCGGUCCCAGGUGAGCGCCAAGCGGGUUCAAUGGGCGUCCGCGCUUGCCGCGGCCGAGGCCAGCGACUCCCAGACUGUGGAAGAGGCCGGCGCGUCCCGCCCGAGGCCCGCAGGGCGGCUGAGACGAGAGGCCCAGCCGCCGCCCGAGCUUCACCCGAACCCUCCCGAACCUCCCCGAGGCGCCGCCCGAACCUCUCCGAACCGUCCCGAGCCAUCGCCGAACCUCCCCGAGCCGCCCCGCCGCCGGUGCGCGCGCCCGAUCAGCUGGGCGCGCGUCCCGAGUCACGUGGUGCGCGUGUCGAAGGUCACGGCGCGCUCACAAUGGAGCUCUCGGAGUCUGUGCAGAGAGGCAUCCAGACGCUGGCGGAUCCCGGUUCCUUUGACUCCAACGCCUUCGCGCUUCUCCUCCGGGCGGCUUUCCAGAGCCUGCUGGACGCCCGGGCGGACGAGGCCGCGCUAGAUCACCCAUACUUGAAACAUAUCGACCCAGUGGUUUUAAAGCAUUGUCAUGCAGCAGCUGCAACUUGCAUCCUGGAGGCAGGAAAGCACCAAGUUGACAAGUCUACUCUAAGCACUUAUUUAGAAGACUGUAAAUUUGACCGGGAGCGAAUAGAACUGUUUUGCACCGAGUAUCAGAAUAAUAAGAAUUCUCUAGAAGCCCUACUGGGAAGUAUAGGCAGAUCUCUCCCUCAUAUAACUGAUGUUUCUUGGCGCUUGGAGUACCAGAUAAAGACCAACCAGCUUCAUAAGAUGUACCGACCUGGAUAUUUGGUGACCUUAAAUGUAGAGAACAAUGAUUCCCAGUCCUACCCAGAGAUUAAUUUUAGUUGCAACAUGGAACAGUUACAGGACUUGGUGGGGAAACUUAAGGAUGCUUCAAAAAGCCUGGAAAGAGCAACUCAGUUGUAAUUUGGGGAGGCUGAUGACCCCAGGAACCUAGAGGAAAACCAGACUCGCCGUGUCUCCUGCUGGACCAUCAUUCGCGCGAGCUGGAUGUCAUUUUCAGUGGAAAAAGAGCUAGCUCUCUUUUGAAGUGAUUGAUGCCAACCAUCAAUUUUGACACUUUUUUACACAUGUGAAAUGGUUAAGAGGGAAACUCUUAAGCAUCUGAAUUUUCAGUAUUACUCUUGCAUUCCUUCUAUCUUGGGCGUCUUCAAGCCCUAUUAAAGUAUCGUACCCUGAAUAAAUACGGUGGUAUUCCCACAAGAAGGGCGGCA